UUUCAGCGGGACCGUUCCGGUGGAUAUUGUGCGUGCGUGCGUGUGGGCUAGUGAUUUUCUUCCCCGCGGGGUUUCGGAAUUUCGUCCGAAGGUGCAGCACUUGUGUGGCGUCUUCGUCAGCUGCUGGCCGAGAAGACAGAGGAAAAUAGGGUGAAACUUUCGAAAAAAAAGGCAACGGAAUCGUUGUUCCAGCGGACCAGCGGACGGCCUCACCCGUGACCUCAGCGCGGCGACAUCAGCGCGACCGAUUGCGGACUCUGUACGGCUGCUAUGAUUCUAUCGCGGAGCAUAACGAGCAAUUUUAAUUUAAGGCAGUGAAAACCAACCACACCUGGCCCGUGAUUUUUUCCUGGGGUGUGUUGUACGAGAGUAUAUUUUUGAAGGCCUAACCAGAGCCAAGUGUGCGGUUGUGUGCAGUGUUGCAGAGGAAGAUCAUUGAUUUGGAAAAAGUGUACCGAGAUAUAUAUUUAUUUCUAUAUUUAUUUUGCUGUGUGUCAAUUGAGCAAGCCGGCAGAAAAGCAGAGAGCCGUGUGUGUGUUUGUGAUAAGAAGCGAAUCACACAAUUACGAAAAAUUGCCGUGUUUGUGCAGCGUGUGAGUUUCGACGAGAAAUUUUUGUGAAGCCGUUGAUUGGGCGUCCGAAAAGAGGAACCAGCCAGCAAGAAGAGCUGCUGCUGCGGUAGUGAAAGUGAAGUGAUAACUUUGUUCGAAACUGUGGCAAUUGGCAUUGUUGCAGUGAGUACAGGAAGUGACCACCCAACCAGCGGUCACCAGCGACGGCGGAGGUUCCAGUUUGGUUGAACCCCCCCGGGCAGAAACCCCGAACUCAACUUCAGCACCUACAAUUCGAACACAACACAAUUUCCGCCAACCAAAACAUGAAAAUGGUGUUGUCACAACGGCAGCGCGAGGAGCUUAACCAAGCGAUUGCCGACUACCUGGGAAGCAAUGGAUACACAGACGCCCUGGAGGCCUUCCGGAAGGAGGCGGACAUGCCGAACGAGAUCGAGCGCAAGUACGGUGGCCUGCUGGAGAAAAAGUGGACCUCGGUGAUACGGUUACAGAAGAAGGUGAUGGAGCUGGAGGCGAAACUUUCCGAGGCGGAGAAGGAGGUCAUCGAGGGAGCACCCACAAAGGCGAAGCGCACACCGACGGACUGGAUCCCGCGGCCGCCGGAAAAGUUCACUCUCGCCGGCCACCGGGCCACAGUGACGCGCGUCGUCUUUCAUCCCGUGUUCAGUAUGAUGGUGUCGGCGUCCGAGGACGCCACCAUCAAGAUCUGGGACUUUGAGACGGGCGAGUACGAGCGGACGCUCAAGGGGCACACCGAUUCCGUGCAAGAUCUGGCGUUCGACUCACAGGGAAAAGUGUUAGCCUCCUGCAGUUCAGACCUCUCGAUCAAGCUGUGGGACUUCCAGCAGACGUACGAGUGCAUCAAAACCAUGCACGGCCACGACCACAACGUGUCGUCCGUCUCGUUCGUCCCGGCCGGCGACUACCUGCUGUCGGCGUCCCGCGACAAAACCAUCAAAAUGUGGGAGGUGGCCACCGGCUACUGCGUGAAAACGUUCACCGGGCACCGCGAGUGGGUCCGGAUGGUGCGCGUCAACGUGGACGGCUCGCUGAUGGCGUCCUGCUCAAACGACCACUCCGUGCGGGUAUGGCAGACCAACUCCAAGGAGUGCAAGGCCGAACUGCGAGAGCACGAAAACACCGUCGAGUGCAUUGCCUGGGCGCCAGAAUCGGCCACGGCGGCCAUCAACGAGGCAGCUGGAGCGGACAACAAAAAGGGAGCUCACCAGGGACCGUUCCUAGCGUCGGGAUCCAGAGAUAAGACGAUUAGGAUUUGGGACGUCAGCUCCGGGCUGUGUCUGUUCACGCUCGCCGGCCACGACAACUGGGUCCGGGGCAUCGUGUUCCAUCCUGGCGGCAAGUACAUGAUUUCCGCCAGCGAUGACAAAACGUUGCGCGUCUGGGACCUGCGCAACAAGCGCUGUAUGAAGACCCUGUACGCGCACCAGCACUUCUGCACCUCGCUCGAUAUGCAUAAAUCUCACCCGUACGUCAUAUCGGGCAGCGUGGACACGACGGUCAAGGUUUGGGAGUGUCGCUAAGCGGCGACGCCACGGUUCCGCAAGCCGUCUCGCUUUCAAUUGUUCUUUUUUUGUACUACUACUACUAACUCAAUAGUGAUUGGAGUGGAGUGUGUGAAACAGGCAAACAUCCAAGCGCGCGCGCGCGCCCGCACGCCGCAGGGGAAGGAGAACAGCAGAACGCCGCCGGAAUGUUGUUGUUGCAGCAGCUGCAACUGAACAGCAGAGGUAUCUCUAUUUCAGUAACUAAAAGUUCUACAAAACAUACGCAAGCAAAAUGCAAAACAAACACACACACACACUAACAUUCUACAAACACAAUACACAGAAGAAGAAAAAACACAUAACAUAUGGAUAACCAAGCUAAGAUUUACAAUUGUACCAGUAACAGGCAAGCAAAAAGAACACUCAAAAAUUAAUCUCCUUCUUUUAAUGAAAUCAGCAUUGAUAGCAAACAAAACAAGUUUCCAUAGUUUGAACCUUAAACUACCCACACCACAGUCAGCAUAAAAACAACAAAAAACAGCAGCAACAUACUGAUUAUAGCGAUGCAAGCAUGCAAAAAUUUACAACAACAAAAAAUACAUAUUAUCAUAUUCUAUUCUUAUAAUUACCUAUUCUUAGAAAGUAGUAGAAACUAUAUUGGGAAAAUCAAGCAAACAAAAAAAAAACAAACGCAGAUGAAGCAAAAAACAUGAUUUUGGACGGAGCGAGCGCGGGCUUGCGCGGCCACGCGGCCGCGAUCGAUGAAGGGGAACGCCUGACCUGAACGACCAAGACGACUGAGUACUAUCACCACCAACGCAACGCCUACGAACGAAAAAGAAACGAUUUGCAAAAUGUGACGAAACUGUUUGCGUUCGAUUAUUGUUGUUCUCUCUUAUCGUGCGCACAAGCAGCCAGAAGCAGCUCGUUCGGUUCGAAGGUCUCGAGGGUCUUUCCGCGUCCUGGGGGGUCGUUUAAAUGGGGACAGAACAUCGUCCGGAAGUCCAGAAUUGGUGCGUUUUUGCGGGUUUCGUUCUAGUACUGCAAAGAGAGACAAUUUCUCCCUUGGACAGAUUCGGAGAGAUUCUGCCGGCGAGAGGAUGUUUACAGUGCAGUACUGGAGCAAACCCAAAUGUUUCAUCUCGCUCAGUAGUAGUACUAGAUUGGCGUGACGUGUCGCAUACCGUGUAUGCUACACUAGCUCACCAAACUGCUCAAUAUCAGCGUUAAGAUUUUGGAACUGUAGCACAACGCGACAUCGAAAUGCAAUCUUUUGGAUAACUAGCGAGUAAAAUUGUGUUCAAUCUAGUACCGCAACGAGGUUAGGAAAAAUGCACAUUUUGUAGCUAAUUUUAUUGAAUUUUCCAAAUUAUUUUUUUCCGUGUUUGCUCUCACUCUCUGCGCUCUGCUCGAAACAAAAGUUACGCCAGAGCGCAACGCGUGAGAGAAGACGAGCGAAAAGUACGAAAAUGCAAUGCUGUCGGAGAGAGAGAAAACCAUUCUCUUUUCAAACUGCCUGCUUUUUGGGAGCUGCUGCUCAAACAUUCUACUGGAUUUGCGCAAAUGAUUUUCUUCUUUGUGCGCGCGCGUGCGCGAGUUGUUUCAUUCCCGUGUAAAUAUAACAAAUUUAAAUCAGGAAGAAUGUCGUAGCUCGAUUUCGAGAGUAAUUUUUACCACACACUCACAUUUACAAACACACAAAUAUUAGCAAAUUAUUUUUUACAAUCACAAAAAGAAUAAUUUAAAAUAAAACAAAGAUCGCACUUUUUUUGCCACUGCGCGCUAGUGAUAACACGCGUAACUAAAAUUUAGGGAGAAUGAUGAUGUGAGAAAUGCUGAGAGAGUGAGAACGCGACGAAUGUGAGAGCAAGAGAGCAAGUGCUGUGCCGCCGAUAAUCGUAAGAGAAAACAUAUAAUCCGCAAAUUACGUUUAGUCCAUCUUGUAAAAAGUACACACUGAAACUGGAAAAUUACUAACUAAUACUGGACAAGUACGAAAGCCGGGUACACGAGAGAAAGAGAGUUUACAGCAGGGGGAAUUUAAAAGAAGAAAUAUUAGAAACGAAUAAGAAGCGAUGGUUAUUAAAUUAUUGAUUACAGUUAAUGCAAAGGUAGAGAAAACAUAAAAAUAAACAACAAAAAAAUGAACCUUAGAUCUAUAGCUAACCGAUAAAACGGAAACUUAUUGCAUUCUUAAGUGAAAAGUUUUAAUUGAAAAAGAGAGAGAAAGAGCGAAAAAUCUAUCACCUUUACCUACUGAAUGUUGCUUGAAAAUUGAUGAGUUGAUUCUCCGCAAAUGUUUAAGCUUGAUGAAAGUUGUCUAGCUGCGAAAGAAAGAUAAAGUUAUAGUUUUUAUAGAAAUGCGCUAUUUUUCGAUAACACAUUUUUCUCCGAUCAAAAAAAAAAGUCGAGAAUCACACACAAUUACACGCCACCCACACACACCAACGCAAGCACCACUCGUUCCAAAUUUGCCAAUUUUUUGCUUGAAACGUCAUUCAAAGUGCCCCGCAAUGAUAGAAUCAUGAAAGAGAAGCAGCUUAUAAUUCUGAAUUUGCGAUUUCGAACCAGACUCAAAUCCGCGAUUUUCCCCUCCAAGUGUGAGGAAAUGCACGGAAAAAAGAGACGAUGUGAAGGCUUGAAAAAGUUCUGAUAAUUUAGUUUGCGCUAAUUAUUUUGAGUCUUUUUUUUGCGUUGAAAAAUAUCAUUUGAAAGUUGGCGCGAAAAAGUUUGCCAGGUGCGCGCUAGGUCUUUCGACAGAGUUUCUUAUCAUUUUCAGUUACUGUUUUGUGUUGAAACAUUCCUUUUUGUUACUUUCAGAACUGCAAAACUUUGAUUUUUGUUGAAAACUUUUACCAUUGCGAUGAAAACGAUUUGAUUUUAUUUUUUAGCUUACAGGCAAAUAAAAUUUACAAUCGUGACUAGUCGAUAAACUUCCUCAAUGGUGACGUACUAGAGAGAAAAUUAUCCGUUUGAAAUUUAACAAAAAAACUCAUUCUAAGGACUCUGUUGAAGAAACCUCGCGUCGAAAGCAAACAAUUGUGCGCUGACGAAAUUUUCGAUUUAAACAUGAAAACGCUGAAGGAAGAGUGACUAAACAAAAAAAAAAGGUUUUAGCAAGAGAGAAAGAGCAGCUAAUCAUCUUAUAAUCUUUUAAAGAGAGUGCAAAUACUUUUAGGAUUAGUUUGUAUGGCUGAUUGGAUCGAAAGAAAAUAAAAACAAGAAGAAAAAAAAA